GGUCGUCCCUGACGAGCAGCAGCAUCAAGUGAUGCCAAGUGCCGUGCUGGGUUCAUUCAGCGAAGUGCAGGCCGAAUUUCGGGCCAUUCGCGACAGCGUCGCCAAGGUGAAGCUACCGCCAGACCUGUUGGUUGGCGACAGUCGUGCGGGCGUCAGCAGGGCAGACCUGCCGAGAUUCAACAUCAUACAGAAGUCGGCGCGCUAUCAGGAGACGGUACUCAAGCUCCUGUCCGCCUGCGAUCCGGAGGACGCGGCGCUCAACCAGGUAUCGGCUGUCAGCCUGGCACACCUGCGUUACCUGCAGGAGGAGUACACGCAACUUCUGGUAUCAGCCCAGUUCGACGACGGGACGGCAAAGCUGUUUUCUACGCUACAGCAAAAUCCGGCAGCUUUCACGCCGAACUCCCUCGAGAACCUUCAGCGAGCCGUGACCAUCGCCGGGGCUCGGCAAUCUCACCAGGCGAUCGUGGGAAGACUUGCUGCUGUGGACGGACGAGGCAGUAGCGGACUUGCGGUGGUGGAUCGAGUCGCUGGACGGCUGGAACGGCAGGGUGCUGCUGCCGCCGGCACCGUUCGAUGUGCAGCUGAGCACGGACGCGUCGGCUUCCGGCUGGGGAGCGCUGCUCUCCGAUCCGGCGGGCAAAGCCGCUUCCGGAUUUUGGACCGUCUCGAAUCACGUGAUGCUGACGGCACAUCACAUCAGUGUGCCGUGGCGGGCGUGCUAGGGGACGCUAUCGUAGCGGCCGAGAAGUUUGGUCUGUCGCCAGGCCAUCGGCCCAAGGACUUUCGGCCGACGGGGGCGACGUAG